GAACAAACAGUAGACUGUGUGACGCGGCUGACGUCUGCUGUGGUCCCUGAAUAUGUUCAUUCUGACCAAGUGUGGGAUGUGACUGUUCUCUAAUUCAAUCUUAAAAAUAAAUUUCAAAUCAACUGAUAAGUAGUGACUGGAAUAGAAGAUGUUAUUCCAAGGUGUUAGUUUUCUAUUAGUGACCUUAACAACUUUUAUUUCGGUUGGAGCUUUGGAUGUCACCGGAAAAAUUGCUACGAACCCGGUUUGUAAAGACGACGUGACACGUCUUUGCAGCUCUCAAAUUCUUCCAAAUGAUUUGGCUGUUCUUGACUGCCUUCAAAACAGGAGAAGUGAUAGUGACUCUGAUAUCAAAAUAGAAUGUCAUUCUUUCCUUUGGCAGUUCAAACUAAAUCUAACUAAAGGUGACCAAUUUUUGGAAGCUGCUGAAAAAAUGUGCUCUGAAGAGCUGAAAAAUUUGGAAGAAUGCAAAGACCAAUCGCUUGAAGGCCAUAAACUUUCUUGCCUUCUUGAAAACUCUGACUCUGUUGCCCAAGGGCAAUGCAAAUCAUUUCUUGUGAAAAUUGGUUCAAUCAUAUUUAGCGAUUUUCGCUUGGUUGAAAAAUUCACCACUGCCUGCCAGGAUGACAUUUCCAAAUUCAACUGUGGCCGGCUAGAUUCUGAAGAAGAAAGAGACCACAAACAAGGAUCAACGAUUGAAUGCUUGUCGGAGCAUGUACGAAAUUUGACUAAAGAAUGCCAUUUACAAACGUUGCGGGUUGCUGAACUCCAGGCGGAUGAUUAUCAUUUGGAUCGACCACUUUUUCUCGCUUGUCGAGAUGAUCGUGAAAGAUUUUGUCGCAACACUCAAGCUGGUGGGGGACGUGUUUACAAAUGUCUCAUCAAAAACAAAAUGCAGAACGAUAUGAGCACUAAAUGUCGAGAGAAAUUGGUUCGUCGUCAGCAACUAGUUUCUGAAGAUUACAAAGUCAGCAAAGGUCUAGUCAGAGCUUGCAAACAAGAAAUCAUCGAGCAUAAAUGCUUCAAAGAGACGAAUUCACCUGUCAAAGACCGCAAAGUUAAACUGGCUCAAGUUCUUCUUUGCUUGGAGAGCGCAUUGCAUGCAGGCAAUGGCAUUGGAGGCGAGUGCCAAGCAGAGAUGCUGGAUCAUCGCCGACAGCUAUUGGAAGAUUAUCGCUUAUCCCCUGAAGUGGUUUACUCUUGCCAGGAAGACAUUAAAACCAACUGCCGUACAAAGGAAAUCGGCGGAAAAACUCUCCACUGUUUAAUGAAGCAUGCCAGGAGGCAAAACGGCAUUUCUGAUACGUGUCUCCGUGCGUUGGAAGAUUUGAUACGUGUCACUGACGCCGGAUCAGACUGGCAGGUGGAUUCUUUGCUCAAAACAUCCUGCUCUAGUGUUGUCGAGACUGCUUGUAAAAAUCCCGUCGAUACCCAGCCGGCCAGCGUUAUUUCUUGUCUUAUGGAUAAAGUUUUUUCGGACGUUAUGACAACGAGCUGCCGUACUGCUUUGCUCGAAAUUCAAUAUUUUGUUGCUCGUGAUUUCCGUUUGGAUUCUCAGCUGUACGCCCAGUGUAAAUCAGACGCUGCGCAAUAUUGCAAUGCGGCUCCUAAUUGGACGGAAGAGGCUAAUGCAAUAGGACCUCAGCGUAAUCCUCUCGUAUUACCUUGCCUCUACAGAUAUGCUUAUCAUCCCCCUACUGAUUCAUCUCUGAAGCCCGAAUGUGCCGACGAAGUUCGACGCGUUAUGCGACAGAGGGCCAGCAGCGUUGAUCUCAUUCCAGAGGUUGAAGAGCCUUGCAUCGAAGAUUUAGCAUCGCUUUGUUUUGAGAAAACAGGAAGAGGCGAAGAAAUGCAAUGUUUGCAGGAUAACUUGGAAAGACUUAGCCCGGUAUGCAAGCAGCAAGUGAGCAACUACACAGAAGAAGAGGCUGAACACUUGGAGCUUAAUCCGUUCAUCACGGCCUACUGCAGCCGUUUCCUUGAAACACAUUGCCAAGAAGAAAUGGAUGAUGGCGAUGAAGGUCAAGUGAUGGAAUGUCUUGUUGAAUAUAAAAUGAACACUGAAACAACCAUGAACUCCAAAUGCCGAGCUGCUGUCGAGCAUUUCCAAUUGAUUGCAUUACAGGACUUCCGUUUCAGCGCCCCAUUUAAACGAGCUUGCAAACAAGAUAUUUCUCGUCUGUGUCCCAACAUUAAAGAAAAACCAAAGGUAGUAGCUUGUCUGAGCGAGAUGGUUCGAAACGACUCGGUGGCACAGAGCUUAGUUUCACGUUUGGGAAACCAUGUCGGAUCUCAGCAUCGUGUGUCUCAACCUUGCCGCCAACAGCUUAGGAACCAGCUGCUCCAACAGCAUGAAGAUGUCCAGUUCAAUCCUAACGUCCGCAAGCCUUGCGCAUCCGAUGAAAAGCGAUUUUGUGCCCAAAUCAAACCAGGACAAGGCCGAAUUUUGGAAUGCCUCAAAGCCCACCGUAAACAACUGGAUGAUAUUUGCCAUGCAGCCAUCUUCCAGGUCGAAAAAGAAGAAAUGGAUGACAGCGGUGUUGAUUUCCAACUCAUUCAACAAUGCAAAGAACCCAUUCGUCGAUUAUGCCAGAACGAUGCUAGCAGCGCUCUGGAAUGUUUAAAAAGCCAUCUGGACGACACCACUCUAGAACUUCAUUGCAAAGAAUUGAUUUUGGAACGGAUGGCUGAACAGAAUCUUGAUAUUCGUUUCAAUCCUGCUCUGAAGAAAGCAUGCACCAUGGACAUACCGAAAUUUUGUCUUGCGGUUUGGCAGAGUGCACCUAAGGAUCGCGAACUUGAAGGGAAAGUUGUCGAUUGCCUGAAACAGAACUUCGUUUCUAAAAAGCCGCUGACCCAGUCCUGUGCCGACCAUUUAACGGUUAUAAUGGAACAACAAGCUCUACAUUAUCAGCUUGAUCCUGUUCUUGUGAGUGUCUGCGAUAAAGAGAUUGAAGUGCACUGUGGACCUGAAGAGCUUGAAAACAACAGACAAGGUCAAGUGGAAGAAUGCUUGAAAAGAAAAUUUGACACGUUGACUAAUGUCGAAUGUCGACGCCACAUCGCUCUGCUUAUAACGGCUGUCCAGAUUGACAUUCAAGCCGAUCCAUUGCUUCACCGAGCUUGUGCUAUCGAUUUAGUCACAUUUUGCAAAGAUGUUCCACCUGGAGAGGGUCGAAGAUUGAAAUGUCUCUUGCGUUUUAAAGAGCAAGGGCAAGCGAAAUUUGAUCCGAAAUGUUUUGAUAUGCUUACUACGAGGACGCAAUUAUUCGCCAAGGCUUCACAAGUCAUGCAUCUGGAGUCAGUCAACGAUUUAGUCGAACAACUGAAGCCUCAUAUUGGGCAUGUCUACACAGCAGUCCUUGCUGAUUCCUCAGCCAGAUUUCAUCGUUUAAUUGGUUGCAGCCCUGUUGUAUUUUCUACUGGGACUGAUGAGCAUGGCCUAAAAAUCCAACAAGCAUCAUUACAGGCCAAUAAAGAUCCCAGCCAAUUCUGUGAUCAGGUUUCUGUUCUAUUUAAAAAUGCUUUGGACAAAUGUGAAAUUGGUUAUACCGAUUACAUCAGGACUACUGAAAAUCGACACAAAGAAAACGUUCACUCAUUUUGGAAUAUUCUUUCAGAUAAAGGGUACAUCUAUAAAGGAAAAUAUGAAGGUUGGUAUUGCACAGCCGAUGAAACAUUUGUUACAGAAGAUCAAACCACACUAGUGAAAUUGCCUGAUGGUCGUGAGCAACGAGUCUCAACAGAAUCUAAUCGGCCCGUUGAAUGGUUCAGCGAAGAAAACUAUUUGUUCAAGUUAUCAAAGCUAAGAGGGGAACUUUUAAAAUGGUUGAUCAGUGGUCCCGUUGUUCGACCUGUGCGGCAUUACAAUCUUGUAAAAUCAUGGCUUGAACAAGAUCUUGUAGACUUGUCAGUAUCUAGGCCUCGUGCAAGAUUGUCUUGGGGUAUUCCAGUUCCAGAAGAUCCUUCUCAAACAAUUUACGUGUGGCUCGAUGCAUUGCUAAAUUACAUGACUGUCGCCAAACACUCACAUUCUGACAAGAAUAUCUGGCCGCCGAGUGUUCAUGUGAUUGGAAAAGAUAUCUUAAAAUUCCAUAGUAUUUACUGGCCAGCCUUCCUUUUGGCUGCUGGUUUUGAUCCCCCGAAAUGUUUACUAGUACACGGCCAUUGGCUGGCCGACGAUCAAAAAAUGUCUAAAACUACGGGUAACGUCGUCAGCCCUCAGUCUUGCAUCAAUAUCGCAACAGCAACUGGACUCCGUUAUUUUCUGUUACAUGAAGGAGUUCCAGCCAGUGAUGGAAAUUUUAGUAUGACGAAGCUGGUGCGAAUCGCCAACUCUAAUUUGGCCGACGGCAUCGGCAAUCUAGUCAACCGCUGCUGUGGCAAGAAUUUGAAUCCUUUGCAGAUAAGACUUGCGGUCAGUCCGUCAGAUUUUGAAGCCUGUGGUUCUCCAGGAUUAGAGUUGCUUGAUCUUUUACAACGCACUCCUGACAUUGUUCACGAAGAAUAUCUACAGUGGAACUUUUACAAAGGAAUUGACCAAAUCAUGACUUUAGUUCGAGGUGCCAAUGGUUUUUUCCAGACUAUGGAACCCUGGAAGUUGAAAAAAGAAGGCAAGAUUGACAAACUGAAUGCCACAUUGGCCGUCACCAUGGAAACUGCAAGGGUAGUGGGAACGCUUCUUCAACCGAUCGUGCCUUCUUACAGUGAACGUUUGCUCGACAAAUUGGGUGUGCCACGGGAAAAUCGCGACUGGAAUUUCGCUCGGCUACGAUCCAGUACCGCCGACACUUCUCUCGGCGCUCAAGGAACUGUCCUCUUCCCCAAAAUCAAAUCUGACUAAAAAUUUAACCUUCGCUGUUAGCAGGUGAAUAUGUUCAGUGACAUUUGAUUGCGUCAUUCAGUCUGAAAUAGAAUGGCGAAUAAAUUUUAAUACUAAAAACGUUGAUGUAGUCGUGAUUUUCGCAUCACUUUCCUUGAGCUUUUGACCUCGUUUAAAUGUCCUUUCCUUUAUUAAUUUGGGGGGCUUCUUUAAGUUUUGUAAAUCUGGUAUAGAUCGUGUUGAUAACGCAAACGGCUAGUAACAGGAUUCCACUUUUUGUUUUUUAAAUAAAAUUUUCUUCUUCUUUUUUUCAGUCAA